CGCGCAAUAUGUCCAUCCCGACCACCCAGAAAUCGCUUCUCCUUCGCAAGGAGAGCGCUCCCUACGUUGUCGAGGAAACACCCGUCCCAACCCCAGGGCCGAAGGAUGUCCUUGUUCAGAUCUUUGCGUGCGCUCUCAACCCGGUAGAUCACGCCAUCGUCGACCCGCCCUACUCCAAGAUACUCAUUCAGGAGUGGCCGCACAUCCCGGGGAGUGACGGCGCCGGUGUUGUCGUCGCGCUUGGUGCGGACGUCACUAACCUGAAGGAAGGCGACAAGGUCGUCUUUCAAGGGAGCGGAGGAGGAGUCGGAGCGACGUGCCAGCAGUAUGCAAUCGUCCCCGCCGAACUUACUGCCAUAAUUCCGGACACUCUCACGUUCGAGCAGGCUGCGACCCUCCCGCUCGCGCUCACCACCGACGUCAUGUCGCUGUACAACCAGUCUCCUGCUCCCCAGAACCUCUCUCUCCGCCUAAAACCCGUGUGGGAGGCCGAGGGUCAGACCGCAUAUGCCGGCACUCCCGCUCUCAUCAUCGGCGCCGCCGCGUCUCUGGGACAAGUGGCCGUUCAACUCGCCCGCCUGGCAGGCCACAACCCCAUCAUCGCGACCGCGUCCCCGCACAACGCGGAGCUCAUCAAGUCCCUCGGCGCGACGCACGUCCUCGACCGUUCUCGCUCAAACGAAUCCAUCCUCUCCGAGCUCCCCGUCCUCAUUGGCGGGAAACAUCUAGAGUACGCGUUCGUCGCGGUCGCGUCGGCCGAUGCGCUGCGCCUCGGGCGUGACGCGCUCGCACCGGGGGGCGCUCUCGCUACCAUUUCGCCGCAGGCGCAGAUGCUCCCGGAGGAUGUCGUGAACAUCGGGGACGGCAAGCGCCUGAGUUUCGUGUUUGGGAGCGCGCGGCUGCCGUAUACCGUCGAGACGGGCGUGGCGAUGUUUAAGGCGCUUUCGGGGUGGUUGGAGAAGGGGCUGCUCAAGCCGAACCCAGUGGAGGUUUUGCCGAACGGGCUCGCGGGUAUCAAUGAGGGCCUUGCGCGGAUGAAGGCGAACAAGGUGUCUGGCACGAAGCUAGUUGCACGUCCGCAAGAGACUGCUUGAAGGGGAUGCGGGUUUGCCUCUCGAGAUUGGCAUUGUAAGAUCUCGACCUUGGUAUGAAUGUGACAGGU